GGAAGCUUAUCAUGUUACCAUGUUCAGAGGAAGUAUAGCUUAUGACUGUAACGUCAACAGAUAUAAUUCAAGGCAAGUUUUUUUUUCUAAUACCACAAGUUGAAAAGGAGAAUAGAAAAUGGCUGGGUGCAACACAGACUGUGUUGAGAAACCAAUAGCUAGAGGAUUUGAAAUACUUGGGCGUUUUGUUGGUAGACACCACUGGUGGUUUUUUAUUCUUCCAAUGUUGAUUUCUGCGUGUCUUGGCGGAGGAUUUUACUUCCUUGCGGACAGAGAAGCAAAUGGCAUUGAAGAAAUGUUUACACCUAUGAAUGGACCGGCGAAAGACGAACGACGAGUAGUUAAAGAAUACUUUCCACAGAAUGAUAGCGACUUCUCUCGUUUGCGGCUCUAUACUGAAGGGACCUUUGCAUCUCUCAUAAUUGUUACGCCUACAGCAAAUAUCCUCACAAUUCCUGCUUUUACUAAAAUUGUUGAUAUUGACAGGGAAGUGAAAGCCAUUGAAGUAGGAACAUUUAAUUUCUCAAACCUUUGUGUUAAGAAAGGUGAUGUGUGCGUGUCAAAUUCAAUCUUUGAUAUUGUAAAAACUCCCAAUGUUACCACAACAACUAUUGAUUACCCGUAUCAUGACAACAUUUUCAUCGCAUCUGAAAUUGGUGGUGUGAAACUGAAAACUGGGUCAACUGAAAUUGAAAGCGCAAAGGCAAUUCGACUUUUUUACUUCUUAAAAGAAGACAACCAGACUGUAACUACGAUGUGGCUGCAGAAGUUUAUAGAGACUGCGUCGAUGAUGCAACAAGAAGAAGGCAUGACCAUAUCUUACUUUACAUCAAUAUCAAGAGAUGAAGAGUUUGAGAAGAGCUCUGACUCCAUCAUUCCUCUCUUCUCAUUGACCUAUGCCCUGGCCAUCACUUUUUCAAUCACAUCUUGUAUAAGGUUGGACUGUGUUAGGAAUAAGGUGUGGGUGGCGACCUUUGGUGUCCUCUCAGCUGGUAUGGCAGUGUUGUCCAGUUUUGGGUUGUUGCUGUACUGUGGGAUGCCCUUCGCUAUGACUGUGGCAACAGCUCCAUUCCUGAUUCUGGGAAUUGGUGUUGACGACAUGUUCAUCAUGAUUUCUUGCUGGCAGCAGACUCAAGUUCAUGGCGACGUAGAGGAUCGUAUGGCGGCUACAUACAAAGAGGCAGCGGUUUCUAUCACCAUCACAACAUUAACUGAUGCCCUGGCUUUCUAUAUUGGUCUGUUAACUCCCUUUGGUUCGGUACAGUCCUUUUGUAUGUAUACUGGCACAGCUGUGCUCUUCUGCUACUUGUACAACAUCACCUUCUUUGGUGCAUUUCUGGCACUGAAUGGAAGACGUGAAAAGAGCAACAGACAUUGGCUGACCUGCAUGAAGGUUCCAGAACCAGUGGAGAAUUCUGAAAAGUACAAUAUCUGCUGUGUAGGGGGAGCUUAUGAUCAUGGAACGGGAAAAGAGGAACCAAUGCCAAUUAACAACUUCUUUAAGACGUACUAUGGUCCAUUUCUAACAAAUAAUUGGACCAAGGGGUUUGUGAUCCUGCUCUAUGCUGGAUAUUUGGGCUCAAGCAUCUAUGGUUGCUUCCAAAUCAAAGAGGGCAUAGACCUUAAAAACCUAGCAGCUGAUAGCUCAUAUGUGGGAAGCUAUUACGAUAAUGAGGAUGAAUUCUUUUCAGAGUAUGGUCCAAAUGUUAUGGUUGUUGUGACAGACAGUGAGUUUCAAUAUUGGAAUGAAAGUGCUCGGAAUAGUCUUGACUCCUGCCUUCAAAACUUUGAAAGUCUACCAAUGGUUUCUCAAAACGGGACCAUAUCUUGGCUCAAUCAAUAUCUUGCAUUUGGAAAGAUGACCAAUUUGAAUCUAAGUGAGGAAAAUACAUUCAAACGUAAUUUGUCUGCAUUUCUUGAGAGGUCUGAUUUUGUACAAGAUGUGAAUUUUACAGACAACACAAUAUAUGCCUCACGUGUGUUCAUUCAGACAGUCAAUGUCAGUACAGCUGUUGAUGAAAAGAACAUGUUGAAUGAGCUUCGAGAGACAGCUAAAGAUUGUCCAGUAAAGUUGGUUGUUUACCACCCUGCGUUCAUAUACUUUGACCAAUAUGCAGUCAUUGUUAGUAACACCAUCCAAAACAUUGUAGUUGCCACUCUUGCCAUGCUGGUGAUCUCUCUCCUGUUGAUUCCCAACCCAAUAUGUUCUCUGUGGGUGACCUUUGCCAUUGCCUCUGUCAUAGUGGGUGUUGCUGGUUUCAUGGCAUUUUGGGAUGUCAAUCUAGACUCUGUAUCCAUGAUCAAUCUUGUCAUCUGCAUCGGUUUCUCAGUGGACUUUUCCGCUCACAUUUCCUAUGCCUUUGUCUCUAGCAAUAAGAGAACUGCUAAUGAGAAGGCCAUAGAUGCUGUCUAUCACUUGGGCUAUCCUAUCAUACAAGGAGCUGUGUCUACUAUCUUAGGAGUGGUGGCCCUGUCUGCAGCUGAGAGCUACAUCUUCAGGACCUUCUUUAAGAUCAUGUUCUUGGUCAUUGUGUUUGGAGCCGUCCACGGAAUAGUGUUUAUCCCCGUUUUUUUGUCUUUCUUUGGAAUCUGCGGCGCUAAAGUUGGCGAUGAAGAAGAUGCAGGUGAUAACCCUCAAGAUAAUACCUAUCAAUUUAAACAGAAAGGGAAUGAUAAUAUUGCUUGUGAAAACAAUUUCUGACUGUCCUUAAAAACUGCUGGGCUGGGUGGUCAUUCAUUCUUGAAGUCGCUCAGCACUACUUCAGCUGCAGGAUUUGCAACCCGUUUCUACUGAUAACUAUCAGACAUGGAAGCUAGAAAAAAAUGUCAAAUAAAGUUAAUGAUAAAGGACAUUAUGGUAAAGUGUACACUGUAGCUUUGAUUGUGGUGUUUUACCCCCUAUUGGAAGAAAAUAUAACACAUUGUGCGUAAAUGCUUAGUAAAUCUGACUUGCAUUUGACAAAUGUAAUUAUAUUUGAGUCAUAGUUGUAAUAUGUAGGAAUCUAUAGAAUACGAAUGUCUAAGUCAUUCUGAAAAGCACACAAACACAAUCUAUAUGUUAAAGAUUACAGGUUAUAGGUUAAAGGUAACACAUUCUUUGUUUUUGUUACUGAGUUUGUGUCAUGCAUUGCAAAGGUAAAUAUAUAUA